AUGACCGCUGUUAACGGUUUUGCCACCGCUUCCUCCUCUACCACCACCUCCACUCAGGUCGUGGUAGGCUCCAUGGAGAGGAUAGAGGAGUAUCAGAAUGUCUUGACCCAACUGAAGAAUCAAGGUGGGAACGUACAGGGAGAGAUGGUUGAUCGUAUUUUGGAUAAUGCUACCACUCUUCCUUCACCACCGCUUACCCUCCACCUUAUACUCCCUCUACCAAUCCCCUCUAACUUACUAUCUUCCAUCCCACCUUCGACCCAACUAUUCAUCCACAUCCCAUCAACCCAUACUGAAUCCGACUUGACUUCCUUACACUCCUCUCUCGCCUUCAAAUCCUUCACCCCAUUAUUACCCACACCUUCAUCAUCCAUCAUCGCCUAUACAUCCCCAUCUUCAUCCUCUCUACCAACCCCCACGUCUGUUCCUGCUCCUUUUUCAGUAGGAGCAGCUGGAGGAGCCAGACCAUUGACAUUAAAGCGAUCAGGAGACAAAGCUCGUAAAGCUGCAUUGUGGGCCAUAGAUUCACCCCUAUUAGAAGAUGGUGGUAAAUCACUUUUGACUCCCGAAGACAAACAGCGUCCGGAAUGUAUAUUCCCAGAGAGCGAUGGUAAAAAAGUCAAAAGGAGAAGAGCAUGUAAAGAUUGUACUUGUGGAUUAAAAGAGUUGGAAGAUGAGGAAGAAGCUCAAACUCAAAAUGCAAUCAAAGAAGCUCAAAAAUCCUUCUUCCUAGAAGGCGACGAUGAUAUACCUGAUAUACUCAAAACUGCCACGAUAGGGGUAGAAGGUGUUUGGCCAACUGAGAAAAGAGCAGAAGCUAAGAAGACUAGUAGUUGUGGGAGUUGUUAUCUGGGUGAUGCGUUUAGGUGUUCGAGUUGUCCUUAUCUUGGUCUACCACCUUUCAAACCCGGUGAACAAGUCAAAUUGUCCAUCGCGGAUGAUUUCUAG